GCACUUCAUCCAGAAGAACUCAAAUACACUUUCAUACAUUGUGGAUGGCUUUGGAAUCGAGGGAGGCCAUGGUAUUGUCGAAAUGACAUGUCAAAACAAGUCUUGAUCGGAGUGUUGCCUGGCAAAAUGAAACGACAGAUGGAUGUGCGAUACAUGUGUACAUGACGUCUCAGUCUAGGUUGAUUGAUGAUGGAUGGAUAUUGCUAGGCUCGCAUUUUCUCUUUGCGUCUCGCUCAUCACAUACUGCAACUUGGCCAUAGUAUUUGGAAGCUGCGACCAGCUCUGUCUGCUUUCUCGUGAAAUGUACAGUCGGAACUGGGAACUCGUCCUCCAUCGAUUCAUAUGUCCUACAUUGUCUAGGAGUUCCCCGUCUGUCUCCAUAUCAUCCACCUUGAACUCUGGUUCGGGCAGUGCGCGACUGAAUGAUGGACGCGAAGCAAGUACCUCACCUUAACUCUUUUGCAAGUACCUCGUCAAGGGCAACGAAUGGCAGCGCAGGGAGAAAAUGGAAAUCAAAACAAACCAGACCGAGAGAGAGAGCGAGAGACAGGGCCUCCAGCUUUCCUAAACU